CCUGAAGCUAAUAAACUCAUCUUUGAAAGGAGAGGAGUGCUGGACAGCUCACUACUGUAUCCCACUCGCUUCCCCUCUCCUCCUCGACCUGCUCGACCUCUUUUACCCAUCAAACGUCCGUCUCUGGAUUCAGGAAAAGAAAGGAAGGAGGGUAAAGAUUCUUCCUCUCGACAACCUCACUCUCAUGGCCCUCAACCUGCCUCUCUGCCGCCAAAACGACCUGCAGUGGAAGUCAAGAAAGAGAGGAAGGUUCCACCAGACCCAAAUGCUCCAAUACCUCCUCUACCCUUCCACCUCCAUCCUCCUCCUCCAAGAAAAGAGCCUCCAGAUCCCAAUGCUCCCCUUCCUCCCCUCCCACUCCAUCUUCAUCCCCCCGCUCCUCCUCAAAAGCACCCCUCUGUGGAUGGGAGCAAGGAAAGAGAUAGGUCUGAACUAUAUCAGCUUAUAUUGUCACCCCCUAGAAUCCCUAAGGAAAAUGUGUUUUUUUUAUGUUAGUGCAUUGAUUCCGUUUCUUUGCAGCAGUAGGAAAUCAUCCACAGAGCCAAAGAAAAAGUCUGCUGAUUGUCUGAAGAAAGACAGGAGAGAUUCAGAUGAUGGCAAAACAUCUAAGAAACUCUCAGAUGACGCCAAGAGAGAAAGGAAAGAUUCUUCUGAUUCUAAAGCACCUCCUUCCAAAAAGGUUACCAGUGAAGUCAAAAAAGAAAAACACAGGAAGGAUCCCAGUGACCUGAAACCAUGCCAUGCUCCAAAAGGCCAUUCCACUGAGCUCAAACAUAUCAGGCGUGAAUCCACUGAUUCAAAGAGAAGUAGCUCACCACCAGCUAAGAAGAUAACUGCUGAAAGGAGAGAGUCUUUGGGUUCGAAGCCUCCUGGACAACCACUGAGAAAAUCAUCUACUGACAGCAUUGAAAGGAAGGGUAAAAUUGAAGCACCGAGGACUCCCACCACCCCAACCAGCCCGAUGUCUCCAAGUUUUAACUCUCCUGGAGGUCCUCUUCCCCCUCACCUUGCUACUGGAGACUCAGUCAGAGACAAGUGCAUUGAGAUGCUGGCAGCUGCCCUGCGCACAGACAAUGAUUACAAAGAUUUUGGAGCAAACUGUGACAGCAUGGCAGCAGAGAUUGAAGAUCAUAUCUACCAGGAGAUCAGGGCCACGGAUAUGAAAUACAAGAACAGAGUCCGUAGCCGCAUCAGCAACCUGAAGGACCCCAAGAACCCAGGGCUUCGUAGAAACGUCCUCGCAGGAAGCAUUGAGUUGAGCCGGAUGGCCAGCAUGUCAGCGGAGGAAAUGGCCAGUGACGAGCUGAAACAGCUGAGGAACGUCCUCACCCAGGAGGCCAUCAGGGAACACCAGAUGGCCAAAACGGGUGGGACCACCACAGACCUGCUGCAGUGUGGCAAGUGCAAGAAGAAGAAUUGCACUUACAACCAGGUUCAGACUCGCAGCGCUGAUGAGCCCAUGACAACAUUCGUCCUAUGCAAUGAGUGUGGUAACCGCUGGAAGUUCUGCUGAUGCCUUCAAGGUGAAACGUUGUUCCUCAAAGGAUAUUGUAUUGUUUCCUUCCCAAACGUGUCGCAGAAUGAGUUGAUAUACAGCUGCAAAUUAUGGUUUCAACAAA